AUGGUUUUAGAGGCUACCGUGUUGAUAGUGGACAAUUCUGAGUUCUCAAGGAAUGGAGAUUUCCCAAGAACCAGAUUUGAAGCUCAAAUCGAUGCAGUAGAGUUUUUGUUUCAAGCAAAACGUAAUAGUAAUCCUGAGAAUUCCAUUGGAUUGAUAUCUUCUGCAGGCAGUAACCCUCAGGUUUUAUCGACUUUCACGCCUGAAUUUGGUAAAAUCCUCGCUGGUCUGCACGAAACUUCGAUUGGCGGAGAAACAAGAUUAAGCACUGCGAUUCAGAUUGCAGCUUUAACACUGAAACAUCGUCAGAAUAAGGUCCAGCAUCAGCGAAUCAUCGCUUUUGUGUGCAGUCCAUUGCAAGAGGAUAGAGAGGAACUUCUGAGACUGGCGAAAAGACUGAAGAAGAAUAAGAUCGCUGUGGAUGUGGUCAAUUUCGGCGAAAUUGAAAGUAACACGUCCAUCUUGGAGGAAUUCAUUCAAACUGUCAAUAAUCCUCAGGAAGAAGGCAGCCAUAUUGCCACUAUAUCGCCGGGGCCUAGACUCCUAUAUGAACAUAUCGCCGCCUCUAGUAUAGUGCUGGAAGAGGGAGCAGAAUCUGGAUUUGGCGGUGUUGGCGGCGCUGGUAUGGGAGGCGGUCAGGAUUUCAUGGACUUUGGGGUUGAUCCCUCGAUGGACCCGGAGCUUGCACUGGCAUUACGUUUAUCAAUGGAAGAAGAACAGACAAGACAGCAAAGGCUUAGACAGGAAGAGGGGAACGGCACGAAAAACGAAAACCCGCCUUCUCAGUAG